AUGGGCGGCACCUUUGAGGAGCGGGCCGUGGGCAUGGAGUGGGUCAAGGCGUCGCUGGGGGAGCUGUUGAGGAGCACGUCGGUCUCCGUGGGGGGCUCCACCCUCUGCGUCGCCGCCAUCUCCUCCUGCACGGGCGAGGCCCACCAGUGGCUGGUCCGGGGCCGCAAGAGGGCGGGCUUUGAGCUGGAGGUCGACCUCGCCCUGACCCAGGACGGGGAGGCGAUGGGCAAGUUGUGCUUGACCCAGAUCUCCAGCGACGACCUGGAGGAGAUGCAGCUGGCGUACCGGAGCGAGGGGCCGGGGCUGAGUCCUAGUGCAGUGCACUCCGCCUUCCACCCGACGCUGCUGGCUGCAUUCAAGGACCUGCUCGAGAGAAUCAAGGCUCGAUGA